AUGGUCAUCGUGUUGACCCUGGUCACCUGGGGACACCACCCUCUGCCCCUGGAUGUGGAGUUAUUUGAGGACACAGGCUGUCCCUGCUGCCUGACUGGCACCCUUGGCCUCAGUGUGUGCUGGGCAGUGCUUCCAGAAGAAGACGUGUGUGUGUUCAAGUGCUCAGUGUCACGGGAGACGGAGUGCAGCCGUGUGGGCAAACAGUCCUUCAUCAUCACCCUGGGCUGCAACAGCGUCCUCAUCCAAUUCGCCACCCCCAAUGAUUUCUGUUCCUUCUACAACAUCCUGAAGACCUGCCGGGGCCACACCCUGGAGCGGUCCGUGUUCAGUGAGCGGACAGAGGAGUCUUCUGCUGUGCAGUACUUCCAGUUUUACGGCUACCUGUCCCAGCAGCAGAAUAUGAUGCAGGAUUAUGUGCGGACGGGCACCUACCAGCGCGCCAUCCUGCAGAACCACACGGACUUCAAGGACAAAAUUGUUCUUGAUGUCGGCUGUGGCUCUGGGAUUCUGUCAUUUUUCGCUGCCCAAGCUGGAGCAAGGAAAAUCUACGCAGUGGAGGCCAGCACCAUGGCCCAGCAUGCUGAGGUCUUGGUGAAAAGUAACAACCUGACAGAUCGCAUCGUGGUCAUCCCUGGCAAGGUGGAGGAGGUCUCACUGCCUGAGCAGGUGGACAUCAUCAUCUCAGAGCCCAUGGGCUACAUGCUCUUCAACGAGCGCAUGCUCGAGAGUUACCUCCACGCCAAGAAGUACCUGAAGCCCAGCGGAAACAUGUUCCCCACCAUUGGUGACGUCCACCUUGCGCCCUUCACGGAUGAACAGCUCUACAUGGAGCAGUUCACCAAGGCCAACUUCUGGUACCAGCCGUCCUUCCACGGAGUGGACCUGUCAGCCCUCCGAGGCGCUGCAGUGGACGAGUAUUUCCGGCAGCCUGUGGUGGACACAUUUGACAUCCGGAUCCUGAUGGCCAAGUCUGUCAAGUACACAGUGAACUUCUUAGAAGCCAAAGAAGGAGAUUUGCACAGGAUAGAAAUCCCAUUCAAAUUCCACAUGCUGCAUUCAGGGCUGGUCCACGGCCUGGCUUUUUGGUUCGACGUUGCUUUCAUCGGCUCCAUAAUGACUGUGUGGCUGUCUACGGCCCCAACGGAGCCCCUGACCCACUGGUACCAGGUCCGGUGCCUGUUCCAGUCACCACUCUUCGCCAAGGCCGGAGACACGCUCUCAGGGACAUGUCUGCUUAUUGCCAACAAAAGACAGAGCUAUGACAUCAGUAUUGUGGCCCAGGUAGACCAGACAGGCUCCAAAUCCAGUAACCUCCUGGAUCUGAAAAACCCCUUCUUCAGAUACACAGGCACGACGCCCUCGCCCCCACCUGGCUCCCACUACACAUCUCCCUCUGAGAACAUGUGGAACACAGGCAGCACCUACAACCUCAGCAGCGGGAUGGCCGUGGCUGGGAUGCCUACUGCCUACGACCUGAGCAGUGUUAUUGCGGGCGGCUCCAGCGUGGGCCACAACAACCUGAUUCCUCUCGGGUCCUCUGGCACCCAGGGCGGCGGCGGCAGCGGCUCGAGUGCCCACUAUGCAGUCAACAGCCAGUUCACCAUGGGCGGCCCUGCCAUCUCCAUGGCCUCGCCCAUGUCCCUCCCGACCAACACCAUGCACUACGGGAGCUAGGGCCCGCUGCGGACUGACAGCACCAGGAAACCAAAUGACGCCCCCUUGCCCCACCGCUGGGCGCCUGAGCACCCGGCCACAGUCCUCUUUGCUAUGGGAACUUGGACACUUUUUUACACGACGUUGCUGCGGCCCCAGCCCCACAUCCCAGCCCUGAGCGCGUGUCGCUGCCAUAUUUUACACAAGAUCAUGUCGCAGGAGCCCUUGUCCUCCCCCUCCUGCCCCUCCACCCUGACCUGGGCUUGACAUCUGCUGUUAACAGGCAUUGGGGCCUGCCAGCUGUGCCUGGGUGGGGGAGGGGAGCAGCUGCCACCAUGGCCCAGGCUGCCCCACCCCACCUGGUCCCUCAGCACCUGUCCCCUAGCCUGUCUCCGGUGGGAAGGUGGCCUGGCCAGGUGGGGCCUCCCCUUCGAUGACCAGGCCUUGGUCACAAUGGGUGUGACAUGCUGCUUUUUUUAAUUUUAUUUUUUUACAAAAAGAACCAGUGUCAAUCCACAGACUGUCUGAGAAGCCAGGUCUGCCGGGCCGAGCCAGCAGCCCCUCCCCCAGACUCAGAGGCUCAAUGGUGAGGGGCGGCCCAGCCGAGGGCUUCAGGGGCCCUCCCCACCAAAGGGUUCACCUCACACUUGAAUGUACAACCCACCCCACUGUCGGGAAGGCCUCCGUCCUCGGCCCCUGCCUCUUGCUGCUGUCCUGACCCUGAGCCCCUGCAGGUCCCCCUGACCCCCAACCCAGAGCUAGUACAGGCGGCCACAGGCCCUGGGCCUGGAGGGAAGGUAACCGCUGGCUGCUUGGGGCAGACACAGACACACCUCAAGGAUCUGUCACGGAAGGCGUCCUUUUUCCUUGUAGCUAACAUUAGGCCUGUGUGUUUCCCCCACACUUGUAGACGCUCCAGUCCCUAUGACUAUGAUGGCAUUUUGGUCCCUCCCCAGCCUGGGAAGGGACCUCACAGGGACAUCUCCCUCCAAAA